AUGGGAAAAGCAUCGGGCUUGCUUCUGUUUCUGCUGGGUUUCGGCUUCUUUGUUGUGACAUACAAUCUUCUGACUCUUAUAGUCCACAAUAGAUCUGGUGUGAGUAACUCAGAUGGAAGUCCACUUCUUGAUCCUGUUGUUCAGAUGCCUAAUAGAAAGGCCAAGACUUCUUCAGCGCCGUUUCACGUUGCGUUAACAGCCACAGACGCAGCUUACAAUAAAUGGCAGUGUCGUAUCAUGUAUUAUUGGUAUAAGCAGAAGAAAGAUCUUCCUGGUUCAGGUAUGGGAGGCUUUACCCGCAUUCUGCAUUCUGGUAAUGCUGAUAACUUGAUGGACGAAAUACCAACAUUUGUGGUUGAUCCUCUUCCUCCUGGUCUUGAUCGGGGUUAUGUUGUCUUGAAUAGACCAUGGGCGUUUGUACAAUGGCUUGAAAGAGCUACUAUCAAGGAAGACUAUGUGCUGAUGGCAGAGCCUGAUCAUAUAUUUGUUAAUCCUCUUCCUAAUCUGGCUGUUGGAGGAUUCCCAGCUGCUUUUCCGUUUUUCUAUAUUACACCUGAGAAGUAUGAAAACAUAGUCAGAAAGUACUUUCCAGUGGAGAUGGGCCCGGUGACUAAUAUCGACCCCAUCGGGAAUUCUCCUGUUAUUAUAAGCAAGGAAUCACUUGAGAAGAUUGCUCCUACAUGGAUGAACGUCUCGUUGACAAUGAAAAACGAUCCUGAAACUGAUAAAGCAUUUGGAUGGGUGCUGGAAAUGUAUGGUUACGCAAUUGCCUCUGCUCUGCACGGAGUGCGGCACAUACUUCGGAAGGAUUUCAUGCUUCAGCCUCCAUGGGAUCCAUCUACCCAAGGGAGGUUUAUCAUCCAUUACACCUAUGGCUGCGAUUACAACAUGAAGGGUGAGCUGACAUAUGGCAAAAUAGGAGAGUGGCGAUUCGAUAAGAGAUCGCAUCUGCGAGGUCCUCCUCCGAGGAACAUUUCCAUGCCACCUCCUGGUGUUCCGGAAAGUGUGGUUACUCUUGUGAAGAUGGUGAAUGAAGCUACUGCCAAUAUCCCUAAUUGGGACAAUCUCUAA